AGCCAGGCGCCUUUUAAAGCUAUCCUUUCUGUCAUUUUGCUUUUUAAGAUGAUGUCGUUUUUCGCAGAAAAUUUGAAGGCAUGAGAGAAUUGAGAAAUACAACGAGAGAAGAUGAGGGACAGAGAGGAAUAGAGAGAGGAGGGGAUAGAGAAUGGGAGUAUCAUGGAGUUUGAGGCUUUGGAUUGGUUCUUCUGACGUCUAUUAUAUCUAAAGAGCAAGCUGGGAUAGAUGUGAAAUGGAUUUUUCAGAGUCUACACGAGUUGUCUUCAAUAGAAUUCAGAAACUAGAACCUGAGAAUGUCUCCAAGAUUAUUGGCUACCUUCUACUGCAGGAUCAUGGUGACCGGGAGAUGAUAAGGUUGGCUUUUGGUCCUGAUAAUUUGAUACACUCCUUGAUCAGCAAAGCCAAAUCUGAGCUUGGAUUAUCCCCUAAACCAGUUGCCUCAGCUCCAGUUUCACCUGUUUCCAUGAAUGUGGCACCUGUUACAGAUUUACCCCUACAGUUCACCCCAUUCUCCCCUGCUUCAUCCCGUCCCUUUUCAUCCCCGGCAACCUUUCGGGUCCCAACUCCCUAUUGGGACCCACAGGUUACAACUGAUCAGCAAGCUCUAAAUAGUAUGGAUUUUAUCCCUCCGGCUUACUCAGACUCUCUUUCUGAUGACUAUCGCCUCCACAAUCAAGCCCAGUUCUUGGGUUUGGAAGAUCAACUUGACCCUGUUAACUCCAUUGGCUCAGACUUUUCCAGUAAUUACUACUAUCCAGAUCCUGCAUUGGGCAGUCUAAGUGCAAGAACCAGUAGGAGAUCUCCAAGUCUGCCUGAAUUCCCAGUGAAGGCUUGCCUCUACUUCAACAAGGGUUUCUGUAAGCAUGGAAACAACUGUAGGUACUUCCAUGGUCAACAUGUCGCUGAUAAUUUCUCCCAGAUCUUCAGUGCAAACCCUAAUGAACUCACAAAUGAUGAUCAUAUCUUCUCGCCUGGGUCCCUUGAAAAGCUGGAAGUGGAGCUGACUGAGCUUUUGAGGUCGAGACGAGGGCUCCCUGUCUCGAUAGCCUCUCUGCCCAUGUUGUAUUAUGAAAAGUAUGGGAGGACACUUCAGGCAGAGGGUUACCUAACAGAGAGCCAGAGACAUGGGAAGGCCGGUUUCAGUCUAACAAAACUUCUUGCACGGUUGAAGAAUAGCAUUCGAGUCAUUGACAGACCUCAUGGACAGCACUCGGUAGUUUUGGCGGAAGAUGCUCCUAGAUUCCUUGAAUACAGGAGUGAGAGGAGUGACCCAGGUGUCAUUGUUGCUGGGUCUCGGCAGAUUUAUUUGACUUUUCCUGCAGAGAGCACAUUUACUGAGGAAGACGUCUCCAAUUACUUCAAGAGUUUUGGCCCUGUUCAAGAUGUUAGGAUUCCUUGCCAACAGAAAAGGAUGUUUGGGUUUGUAACUUUUGUCUACCCAGAGACUGUGAAGACGAUUUUGGCAAAGGGCAAUCCCCAUUUUGUCUGUGGGGCUCGUGUUCUGGUGAAACCCUAUAGGGAAAAGUCAAGAAUUAUUGAUAGGAAGUAUACAGAGAAGAUUGAAAUCCCGAUUUACUGUCCUUCUCACUUCCUGGAAAUGGAUCCUGAGCUUCACUCAAUGCCCAGACUCUGCGAUAACUCCCGAAUGCUCAGAAAGCAGAUGAUUGAUGAGCAUGAACAGGCUCUUGAACUUGAGAGAGGGAGACUGUCUGAAUUGCAGUUAGUGCCUAAAGCAUUGUCCCACCAGCCUUAUUUUGGUUUCAUGGAUGACUUGAAGCUCUCAGAAGUUCGUGCAGAUCACAAAGAGUUUGCAUCUACAGACCGUUUUAAUUAUCUGCUGGAUGUUCUGAACAAUGGUUCAACAAGUGAUGACAAAACAAGACACGCAAGCACCAAUUGUAGUGACCAAGAGAGCCAAGGGAUUAAUCUCCCGGAGAGUCCAUUUGCAUCUCCAAUAGCAAGCAGCAUUUCAACAGUCAUAUAGAUUCAGAAACAGAUCAGAAUUAUAGAGGUAGAGUACUGGACUCCAUAGUCUAUUGGUUCAAUUUGAUACAGCAGCUCUUUUUCCCUUUUUUUUCCCAACUCGUUCGAAGGAUAGAUCAAGCUCCCUGCGAGUUCACACCAAACUGAAGAUGGAACAUUGAAAUCUUCUUCUCCCUGUUACUUGGGGUGGAGGUUCCAAAGAAAGAUUGAUACAGAAAGCUACAUGUAACAAGUUUCUACACUUUUUUAUUUAAUCACAGAAAGCAAGCAAGAGAUAUGGAUCUUAGAAGAGAAUGUAAAAUAUAGUCUGCGUUAGUGGAAGAGAUAAACUACAAACAUAUGCAGGGUUCAGAGAAAAAAAGGUGUAGAAUCUCUGCAAUACUGAGAAACAGAUGGAAAUAAUUUUACUUUAAACAAAUAGUAGCAGCAGCUUUAUACCACAAGCAAUUCCAAGUUGAGUUUUUUAA